AUGGAGAAUAUCGAUAAAAACGUUCGAGUUGGGAUUCUAGCUUGCGUUGGAGGAUUCGCAAUUGGUUACGCCUCAUAUGCGUUGCUAAAUGGAGUUAGAAAUACGAGAAGAGUCGAAAGGGAGAUGCAGCGGCGAAAAUUCGGCGAACUGCUUUUCAAUGAUACUAAUAUGGAAUGCAGAGAUGUUACGACGUUUAGCGAUAUUACGGCACUCGUUGGUUCGGUGUCAGACAGCAAUACUGUUGAUUGCGACUCGACGAAAGAUUAUCUGCAUUUCGAAAUUAUGGAAAAUUACCCGAUUAUCCAGGAUAACAGAACCUUGAUGGCGAAGUACAUAACACCAGAAAUUUACGAGGAAUACUGGAGUAUCGAAACACAAAUGGGAUGCACUUUCGACCAGUUGAUCCAAAGUGGUAUCGAUGUGCCGAAUUUCCCUAAUUGCGGAUUUGUUGCAGGAGAUGCAGAAUGUUACGACACGUUUCGAGAUUUUAUUGAUCCAAUUCUUACAGAAAAACAUAAUGGAUUUAUGAGAGGGGUGCAUCGACAUUGGCGAUGUCUUGAUGCAUCGCAGCUGUCGAAACGUUGCUCAACGUUGGAUCCAAGCUAUGUGGAAGGAGUCUCUUUUACCGCCGGAAGGUCUUUCCUUGGCUACAGAUUUCUUUCAUCUUGUAACCGCGCGGAACGUAGAGAGAUUGAGAAUAAGUUAAGAAAUGUGUUUGAGAACAUCACUGAGAGAAAUGGAAUAGAUUUCAGCGGUGAAUAUUACCGAAUAGGGAAAAAUAACAAUGAACUCUUACGAAAUUUUCCAGCAGACUCUCCAUCUUACUGGGUUGAAAAACCAACGGCCCCUGUAUAUGUGAUCGCAGGAAUCACGAGGGACUGGCCAGAUGCACGCGGAGUCUUUGUCAGUAGUUGCCCUGGUAUCUUUGCUUCGGUGAAUAGAGACGACCAUCUUCGGUUGUUUUGUAGGCAACAAAACGCGGACGUAGCGCAAGGAUUCGCGAGAUUCUGCAGUUUUCACGCGGAGCUAGAGGAGCGAAUGCUAGACGAAGAUAUAAAAUUUGCAUGGCAUAAGGAUUAUGGAUAUUUAUUGUGGUAUCCAAGCGUAAUUGGAACAGGACUGAAAGUCUGCAUAAGCUUACGGUUGCAGCAUUUAUCAAGAAACAACAAACUUGUUGAUGUUAUGAGGAGACUAAGACUUAGGUUCCAGCUUUCGCAACAACCGGAGCGCGCGCAGAUGGGUUGGGUCGAAAUAUACAACGGAGACCGUCUAGGCCUUACGGAGGUGCAAAUAGUUGAGACAUUGGUCGAUGGGGCCUUGAAGCUUAUUGCACUUGAAAAGAAACUAGAAAAUUCCCAAACAAUAGAUCAGUCACUUCCACUCUCAAAGAAGCCUCAUUUAGACGGUCGAGAGGAUGCAGGGAGAUCAUAG